GUUUUCGGCCUGGAUAUUUCAGACGCGAAUCUCCACUGCAGGACACUUUUUUUUAUUUUAUUUUUUACUGCAAAUUUUAAGAAAAGAUGUUUAGAAAUCAAUAUGAUAACGAUGUUUCGACUUGGUCACCUCAAGGUCGUAUUCAUCAAGUUGAAUAUGCUGUUGAAGCAGUAAAGCAAGGUUCUGCUGCCAUCGGCUUAAGAAGUAACAAGUUUGCCGUCUUACUUGCCCUCAAGCGUUCUUCUGGCGAACUUGCUUCGUAUCAAAAAAAGUUGAUCAAGGUUGACGAUCAUAUGGGUAUUGGUAUUGCUGGUUUAACCUCUGAUGCUCGUGUUUUGAGUAACUUUAUGCGUGCCGAAGCCAUGAAGUCAAAGAUGUUGUAUGACAGACCUUUGCCCGUUCAAAGAAUUGUUAACGCCAUUGCUGACAAGGCACAAGUCAACACUCAACAAUAUGGACGUAGACCUUAUGGUGUUGGUCUUCUUGUAAUUGGUCAUGAUGAAACCGGACCUCAUCUUUUUGAAUGUUCUCCUUCCGGUACUAGUUUUGAAUAUUAUGCCAUGUCGAUUGGUGCUAGAUCUCAAUCCGCCAAGACAUACCUCGAAAAAUACCACCAAGAAUUUGUUGAAGCUCCCUUGGAAGAACUUGUUCGUCAUGGUCUUCAGGCACUUCGUGAUACAUUGCAACAGGAUAAGGAUCUUAAUAUUCACAACACAUCUCUUGGUAUUGUUGGUGAGAACCACGCCUUUGAGAUCAUUGAGGGAGAGGCAUUGCAGAGAUAUUUGGAUUUACUUGGUGAAGAUACAGGUAGAACCAGAUUGCCUGGUGGAGGAAGUGGUAGCAGUAAUGCUGCCACUGCUGCUACAAAUGAGGAAAGAGAGGAUGUUGAGCCUGCUGCUGCUGUCUUAUUCGAAGCUGCUGAUCCAAUGGACACCAACUAAAGAAAAAAACAAAAAUAAAAAAAAUUCACACAUG